CCAUAUAUUUAUAUAUUCUUAAUUAUAUUCCUUUACUUUAGAUUUGUGUGUAUUGGUUAUAUGUUGUGAAAUUGUUAGAUAUUACGUCACUGUUGGAGCUAGAAACACAAGCAUUUCGCUACACCCGCAAUAACAUCUUCUAAACACGUAUAUGAACAAUAUGAUUUGAUUUGAUGUGAUUAUACUUCCAUAUUAACCGUGACAGCCUGACAGGUGUCUCAAACACAGAUGUACACUGCCACCCCAUGGCCAUGCUCUGAAAUAGAGAUGUUUAUUCAAGUGUACAGACAGAGGGUUGAGAGAUGGUAUACUUUAGAGAUGACAAGUCAGCAUAUAAGAGAUGUAGUAGCCUACUCUGUCAUUCACAAAUGAAAGAUUCAUUGAGACGUUUAUCAUUCUGCGAUUAGGCUAAAACAAAUUGUUUAAAAGGAAUAUGGAUCCCAUGAAGAAAAGGUAUAAGAUGUCGUAGCCAAUAAGGGUAAUUGAUAUUGAACGUCAUUGGAUGCAUUUGUUUACCAAAUUGUAUCUCUUUAUUCAUAGGGACAGUAGGCUUGUCGAGUGCAGUUGUUAUAUCUCAUGGUGGGUACAGAGUAGGCAACCUGGUCUCAGAAAAUUUCAUUUUAUUCUGUAUGUAAAUCCGGAACUCUCAAUUUAGUAUGAUACAGUAUGUUAUGUUUCGUAUGUUAUGCAUUCAUUUGUGGAUGUUCCUCACCCAUUUUGUAUGAUAUGUUACGAAUUACAAUUUGUAUUAUAUGUUACAAAUUUGAAAACUGUACAAAAUGUUAUAAAUUUGCUAAACGUACUUUAAGUUAUGAAUUUGCAAAAUGUAUGAUAUGUUAUGAAUUCUAGAUAGGUGGCUAUCGUUAGCUAGCUGGCUAACUUUAGGUAGGCUAGGGGUUAGGGUUAAGGUUAGGGUUAAGUUUAGGAGUUAGGUUAAAGGGUUAAGUUUAGGGGUUAGUGGAAGGGGAAGGGUUGGCUAAAAGGGUUUUGGUUAGAGUUAUGUUGAGGGGAAGGGUUAGCUAACAUGCUAAGCAGUUACCGAGUAGCUAAAAUGUAGUAAGUAGCUGAAAAGUUGCUAAUUAGCUAAAAUGCUAAAGUUGUCCAUGAGUUGUACUCGCAAACUUUGGGUUGCAGACUUUAGCAUUAUACGCCCACCCAUCCACCCCAACCAACCAGGUAACUAGACAUUCACAUUAUAUGCCCAACCAUCCACCCCGACCAACCACCCUACUUUUGUUUUUGCCUUAAGUAACCAUCUGUUUUAUAUAACCAUACCAAACGUAUUAUAUCAUACGAAUUUGAAUAUCCCGGAUCAACGUUUACUUUAUUACGUCUAAUCUAUGAGACCAGGUUGGGAUAGUCUCCUGACUGGUUUCCCACUGGGCACAGACGUCAGUUUAACGUUUAGUUUUGAUUUACAUUUGGUUGAGUUAUGAACUAACGUGAAUUCAACGUGAAAUCUACCAACAUGUUCAUCCUGUCAUUGGAGUUAGGUUAAAAGUUGGGUGAAAAAAAUAUGAAAUUCCGUUACAUUGAUGACUUUUUAGAAAAAAUUUGCCAAAAUGAAAAGAGAAAAUAAGUGUCAAAUAAAGUACUGCCUUUUAUAUAGAUUACUUGCAUUGAAAUAAUGCCCAAAUUGAUCAUGAGAUACACACAAAAGUGGCGUUGCUAUUCAGAUGACCCUAGAUGACACCAGUGCGUAAAGUUUGCUAAGUAAACUCUAGGCUUGUGUAAGCUACGUUAUAAGGCUUGUGUAACUGAACACCACAGGGAGGAAAGAGUUAAGUCUUUUCUCUCGAACCUCAGGUUUUCUGUGCAUGCUUAAGUAAACUAGCCCGUUUUGAUAAAUGGCUGAGAAAUCCAAGCUUCCUGUCCUCUCCAACUAUCAGUAGUGCCGCACACAGAGAAAACAGGCAGGCUAUGCGGUAUAUUCACUGGAACGGAAAGUGCGCGCGCUCCUCCUUAGAACUUUGAGCUCUUCCACAGAACCAUAUUAGCCUAUUCUGUGCAAUAUAAAUGUCAUAUACGUAGGCCUAUUGUUUAAUGUUGUAGUUAAUGAGUUAUAGAGAGGGCUUAGUACGUUUAAAUUAUCAAUUAUGGCGAAGUGGUCGGUUUUACUAUUCUACCUCCUCCAAGGACUGGUUCACCUCAUUACCGGGCAGCAGCAGCCGCCACGCGAACGAGUGGGGCCUUGGCGGCAGAGGAUUCAGUGGGAGAAUAACGGUAAGGUGUACAGUUUGAUGAGCACCGGGUCAGAGUAUCAACCACCGGCGCGGCCGAGAAGCCAGUCCAGAGUCUACAUGAGCACAGGGAGGGAUGGCACCGGUCAGACGCAGCCUGGAACGCGGGAAGGCACAGUGGCGCACAGAAGACCUGGACCAAUCGAAUCGAACGUAGGUGGACAUUUACGGGACCAAACCAACAACGUUCUAGAUCCUGGAUCUGUACAUUUAGGACAUGACAGUAGACAGUAUCUGGUACCCAAUGCUCGCCAGUCAGGGGCCAGGUCGCAGCCCGAGGUGCCAUACCGAGCGGGAGUGGCGGGGUCCCCUGGCGCACGGCGCUACUCCCCAGAGUACACUUACCGUGUAAACGCAUCGGUCCCUGAGCUGCUCCCCGAGUUCUCCGGUAGCGGGGUACCGAGGAGAGGAGUCCCUGUCACUCAGGAUGUUACCUGGGAUGCUCGCUCGGGGCUUCCCGCCUCUCCAUCCCGAGGCAGGGAGGCAGUGCCUGUACCGGGCGUAGAAUACCAAGAGAUGCGCGCGGAGCCCGGUGCAUCCAUCUCCAGGCAACCCGCACUAACGGAUAAUUCCAACGCACCUUAUGUCAUCCCUAACCGGAGGGGUGCUCCUCCAGGACCCGGACCCGUUAACCCUGCUGAAACAUCGAAUGAGGCAGCAAGUAACGGCGAGGACAUGGUCUCGGACGACCCUCGGAACCCUUUUAAAAACCACCGGAAUUCCGUCUUCUACAACAUGUAUUCCUCCAGAGGCAGAACGCCCGUAGCACGCACGCGGCGGCCGCGUCCCCCGGCGUCCGUCCCCGGCACUGGAUAUGGCACUAGAUAUUUUCAGAAUGGGCUCCCAGAUCUCGUCCCAGACCCGUAUGCCAUCCAGGCAGGUGCAUACAUCCAGCGGAUGCAGAUGUACUCUCUGCGCUGUGCGGCUGAGGAGAACUGUUUGGCGAGGUCAGCGAGCACAGCAAGGGACAUAGACUACAGAGUACUGCUUCGCUUCCCCCAGAAGGUCAAGAACCAGGGCACCACUGACUUCCUUCCUGUUAAACCAAGACACCAGUGGGAAUGGCACAGCUGUCACCAACACUACCACAGUAUGGAUGCCUUCAGUAACUAUGACCUGCUAGAUGUGACAACAGGAAGGAAGGUAGCUGAAGGACACAAGGCUAGCUUCUGUCUGGAGGACACGGGUUGUGAUGCUGGAUUUAGACGCAGAUAUGCCUGCACCGCCCAUACACAGGGGCUGAGUCCAGGCUGUCAUGACACCUAUGCUGCCAAUAUUGACUGUCAGUGGAUCGACAUCACUGAUGUUCCUGCAGGAAACUACAUCCUGAAGGUCAUAGUGAAUCCCAGUUAUCAUGUUCAAGAGUCGGACUAUUCCAACAACGUGGUGCGGUGUGAUGUCACAUACACGGGUACUCAGGUUCAGACACGGAACUGUCGGGUAACCAGGGGUUAAAGCAUUCCAUGGAUUCUGAGGUAUUCUUCCUCUUGUCUCUUUAAGUACUGUAAACAGCAACAAUCUCAACUGGUUGUUGUGGCAACAGUUGUUGUGGCAACAGUUGUUGUGGCAACAGUUGUUGUAGAUAGAUUCGUUUUUUUACCAUUCCUCUGUUGAUGACAUUCCUUCCAUUCUUUAGUGUGUGAUAUGUUUGGAAAUCUGUACUAAAGAAGGCCUUUUAUUGCUAAAUACCGAGGAUUACGACAUGACAUUAUGUAUUUUUAUUGAUAUAACAAAUCCGUUGAAGAAAAGGGAUAUUUUUGUAUUAUUUAGCAUGAUCUUGGAAGAUGGAAUGGAAAAAGUGACUGUGCUUGAAUUAGACAUUAUGCUUGAAUAAUAUUAUUUGUAUGUUUUGAUGUUUGAUCUGCACUUGUAGUAUAGUUAGAUGCAGUUGAGUACGUCUUUAAAACCACUUCGUGGCCGUAAUUAAUAAGUUGCAAACGCCUGGUCUGUAUGUGCUAAGUAUCAAUGUAAUAAUAGAUUUUCUUUUACUUUGUAAGUAUGUACGCAUGUGUGAGCGAAUGUAAUUUUAUUUUAUUUUACAUUGUAAUGUAAAAUUGUUUAUAUGCCGCUCAAACCUACAUUGUACAAUUGUUGUUUUCGUUGAGGGUGUUGUUUUCGAUACAAUCAGCAUGGUGAAGAGUGGGUGUAUUAAAAAUAAAUUCACCUCC